AGGGGUGUCUUUCGCAUCCAAUCCUUCUAAAAUUCAACAAUCAUCCUCCUGCUUGGCUACCCUCGCGGGGCUCGCUUUAUUUCCAUCAUGCCCGGCAAAACAGCCUCCUCUCCUCCCCGCAUCACCAAAUUUACCAACUGCCGGAUUGUCAAGGGUCCCACCCUCAUCGAGCAGGAUGUCUGGAUCGAUUCGUUCUCCGGGAAGAUUCUCAAAGACCAAGAAGCGUUCUACGGCUUGCAACUCUCCCCCGAUGAAGUCAUCGACUUAGGCGGGCGUAUCCUUGCACCCGGGCUCAUCGACGUUCAGCUCAACGGUGCCCAGGGCUUCGACUUCUCCGUUCCCCAGAUCUCCAAGGACGAAUAUGACGAGGGGUUGCGCAUGGUCAAUAAAGGUUUGGCCAGGACAGGAGUCACAUCCUACCUUCCGACAGUAGUGAGCUCGACUCCGGAAGUCUACUGGAAGGUACUUCCAUCGCUGGGCCCCUCUGGUAGCAGUCAUCGGGCAGAAGACGGGGCCGAGUCUCUAGGCGCUCAUGUGGAAGGCCCAUUCAUCAGUACUGGCCGCAACGGGGUGCACAAGACGGAGGUCCUUCGUGCGGCCGCCACCUUCGACGAUAUUGUUGCUUGCUAUGGCAAGGAAAAUAUGAUCGGGUUUUCCAAAUCCGUCCGCAUGAUUACUGCGGCGCCGGAGGUCGGCGACAUGCUGGCCAAUAUCUCCUCAAUCGCAUCUAAUGACAUUAUCUACUCCAUCGGACAUUCAGAUGCAACAUAUGAGCAAGCUCUCACAGCCACCCAGCAAGGCGCCACCAUGAUCACUCAUCUCUUCAACGCAAUGCGACCCUUCUAUCAUCGGAACCCGGGUAUCUUCGGCCUCCUAGGCCAGAACGAAUGCCGACGUCCCUUCUAUGGGGUUAUCGCUGAUGGAAUCCACCUGCAUCCCACCUCGAUCCGCAUCGCAUAUAACGCCUACCCAGACGGGCUCAUUCUUGUCACUGAUGCCAUGAAGCUAUGUGGUCUGCCAGACGGAGUCUAUGAAUGGACCAAUGGCGAGCGCAUCAUCAAAACCGGCGCCCGGCUAACUCUCGAGGGGUCCGACAAGAUUGCUGGAAGCUCGGCCACCCUGAUCGAGUGCAUCAACAAUUUCCGGCGGUGGUCGGGGGCAUCCACCGCAGAGGCCCUCAAUGCCGCCACGGCCAUGCCUGCGCGCCUCCUGGGUCUGCAAGGCAUCAAAGGGUCUUUGGAUAGCGGUGCGGAUGCGGACCUACUCGUCCUGGACGAUACAGACGAUCCUUUUUCGGGCCCCACCUUGUCGGUACGGCAAGUAUGGAAGCGCGGAAUUAAGAUAUAUGACACCGACAAGAACGCUACAGUUGCCAAUUGAAGAUGCAAGGUGCAGGGCACCAUGCUAGCCGCCGCUUCUUAUUGUAUUCCAGCAAGCUUGGGAGUUUUUGGCCCUUGUCAGAUUAGAAGAUUGCAUUGCAGGUUAUUCCCUAAAUUUCUUGUUUCGAUUUUGAUUACUUCUUGCUUGUUGGUUAUUACGUUUUACCGUAUAGGUGGCGGAGGGGGGAGGGGGAUGCUUAUCUGGAUUCCCCGC